AUGUUCACAUUUCUGUACCUGUCUGUGCUAUUUGCACAUCUCCGGACAAGCCGGCUAACGACCAGGCCGGGUUAUGCUAGUUGUUUGUCGACAUGUUGUUCUAAUUGUCUUGGUAGCAGUGCAAUCGUUACAUCUAUCGCUCUGUUCGCCCCGACGAACUGUUGUUUCGGCAAUCUAGUCUUUCAACCGCCCCACAUCUUCAUCAUCGUUGUUGUUCCGAUACUAUCCGCCAGCAAAUUGUCUUUCGUCUUAUCCUCUUCCACUUGUUCUUGCCACGAGUCCCCAUUCGCUCUAUCCAGUGCUCGGGAUGCCUUCAUCAAUCUUUCAUUUCCUCCUACUUCUCUUGACGUCUCUGAUUCGCCCUUUCUCCUUCACCUGUCGUUUGGUAUGUCUUGA